AUGGUUGGACAAUCGAACAGCUACAAUACUCUCCCCAAAGGCUCCACGAUCUUAGUGACUGGAGCGAAUGGCUUGAUUGGAUCUCAUUGUGCCAACCAGGCUCUCCAGCAUGGCUACAAAGUACGAGGAACGACUCGUUCGCUGGAGAAAAACAAGUGGCUAGUAGAGACUUUCGAAAAGAAAUACGGCAAAGACGCAUUCGAGCUUGUGGAAGUCAAGGAUAUGCAGCAUGCUGGGGCAUUUGACAAGGCUGUAGAGGGGUGCUCGGCGGUUAUCCACGUUGCGACUGUUAUUACAUUCGACCCGGACCCGGAGAAUGUCAUCCCACCCACCCUGGCCGGAACCAGAGAGAUCCUCAAAUCAGCAGCGAAGACACCGUCCGUCAAGCGUGUGGUCUACACUUCCUCCUCAGGAGCACUCCAAACAACGACCGACAAGCCCAUAACUGUCACCCAAGACACAUGGAACGACGAAGCCGUACGACUGGUCCAAGAUCCCACCCUCUUCGCUACCCUCCCAGAUCCAGUGAAAAGCGUAACGACAUACUGUGCCAGCAAGACGCUCGCAGAGAAAGCCUGCUUUGAAUUCGUAGAGCAAGAAAAGCCUCACUUCGUCCUCAACACAGUCGCACCAAACAUGAACAUCGGACCGACGAUCCAUCCGACUCAGCCUGCUUCCUCCAGCGCGAUGAAUUACAUCGAUGUCCGGGACGAUGGCAGACUGCAUCUCGCCGCUGCGAUCUUUGAUGACGUCCAAGGUGAGAGGAUCUGGGGGAUGGCUGGGGACUAUAACUUCAACGAUAUCAUUGAUGAGUUUGCCAAGAAGGAUCCGAAGUGGAGGGAUCAUGAGAGGUUUGAGGAUAAGAGGGACCUGACGGUUUAUGAUCGGUCGAGGAGUAUUGAGUUGUUGAGGAGGUUGGGACAGGAUGGAUUUGUUAGUCUGGCGGAUAGCAUCAGGGAUAAUAUUGCUGGUGAGUACCCACAUCCUUGUGCGGGAGAGAUUUGCUAA